AGGAAUUUGGAGUUGUUCUAGUUCUCUCUACAUAUUUCUCUCUUAUAUUUUAAUGCCGAGAUAAUUGACCAAACACCAAAAGUGAACAAAUAACCCCUAACAAUCACACCUCCAUACUCCCAAUAAAGGCUCUCUCUAUAAAACCCCUGAAGAGCUCCACCAUUUUUUAUUCACAAACUCUACAUUCAAAACAACACCAUCACCAGCAAAAACAUCAGAGAUAUGGGUUCCAUUUCCACUUCUCAACAACAGCCCCAUGCCGUUUGCAUUCCAUAUCCAGCACAAGGCCAUAUCAACCCCAUGUUGAAGCUAGCAAAGCUUCUCCAUUCCUUUGGUUUUCACAUCACCUUUGUCAACACAGACUUCAACCACCGUCGUCUCCUCAAAUCUCGAGGCCCCACAGCUCUCGAUGGUAUUUCAUCGUUUCAAUUUGAAUCGAUCCCCGAUGGUCUUCCUCCGACUGACGUCGAUGCCACUCAGGAUAUUCCGUCGUUGUGUCAGUCGACCAGACGCUUGUGCUUGCAACCGUUUAAGGAGCUGGUUUCUAAGCUGAAUUGUGAUCCUAAUGUCCCACAAGUGAGCUGUAUUGUGUCUGAUGGGGUUAUGAGUUUCACAGUUGAUGCAGCAGAGGAACUUGGGGUCCCAGUUGUUUUGUUUUGGACGACCAGUGCUUGUGGGUUUUUGGCUUACCUUCACUAUCAACAACUGGUUGAGAGAGGUUACACUCCUUUCAAAGAUGAAAGCUAUUUAAGCAACGAGCAAUAUUUGGAUACAAAAAUAGAUUGGAUUCCAGGAAUGAAAGACGUUCGGUUAAGGGAUAUUCCAACGUUUAUUAGAACAACAGAUCCAGAAGACGGGAUGAUUGAUUUCAUAAUAAGUGAAACAAAAAGAGCAAAAAGAGCAAAUGCUAUUGUUUUAAACACAGUAGCUUCAUUAGAACAAGAAGCUUUAAAUGCUAUGUCUUCUCUUUUGCCACCUGUUUUCUCCAUUGGUCCUCUUCAACUUCUCCUCCAACAAGUUGCAUCCCAUGAUUCGGAUCAUUUGAAGUUUCUCGGUUCCAACUUGUGGAAAGAAGACACAUCUUGUCUUCAAUGGCUUGACCAAAAGUCACCCAACUCUGUCGUUUACGUCAACUUCGGAAGCAUCACAGUAAUGACCAAAGAUCAGCUAAAGGAAUUCGCCUGGGGACUCGCAAACAGCGGCCAAACCUUUUUAUGGAUCAUUAGACCGGAUCUCGUCGCCGGAGACACGGCGGUACUACCACCGGAGUUCAUCGACGUGACCAAAGAACGAGGGAUGUUAACCAACUGGUGUCCUCAAGAAGAGGUUCUACAACAUCCGGCGAUAGGGGGAUUUUUGACCCACAACGGAUGGAAUUCCACCUUCGAAAGCAUAGUGGCGGGAGUUCCGAUGAUUUGUUGGCCGUUCUUCGCCGAACAGCAAACGAAUUGCCGGUAUUGUUGCACUGAAUGGGGAAUUGGAAUGGAAGUUGAUAGCGAUGUUAAGAGAGAAGAGAUUGAGAAGCAAGUGAAGGAGUUAAUGGAAGGAGAGAAAGGGAAAGAGAUGAGAAACAGAGCUGAAGAAUGGAAGAAAUUGGUGGGCGAUGCGGCGACGCCUCACUCCGGUUCGUCUUCCCGGAAUCUCAAUGAUUUGGUUCAUAAAGUGCUUCUUCAAUCUCCUUAAUCCAAUCUUCAAUUCAUUUUUUUCUUUCUUUCUAAAAUUGAUUGUUACGUCGACAUUAUUUAACUUAGUUGAAUAAAGCAUUGUCUAUUGUAUGGUCUAAUGUUUAUGAGAUAUUCACUUCCAAUUUGAAUAAUAAAGUCACUUCUUAAUUAUAUCA